CGCGCAGAAAUGGAAGAAAACGCCUUGAGUGGCCUAGGUUACAUUUUGACAAAGUGCUUUCCUAAUGUUAAAUGGAUUCAGGAGAGGAAAUUCUUCUUUUUCAAGACAUUUGAUUUUAUUUUGAGUAAGGUAUUUUUCAAGUUAGGUGAAUUGAUCGCUGAUAAUCCAAAAUCAUUUAUCGUAAUCCCAGUUUUGAUCACUGUGAUUUCCGUUACUGGGUUCCUAAGGAUGAACUGGAUUGACGACCCAGAGUUUCUGUUCUCUCCGUUGAAUGGAAGAGCUCGCCAAGAGCGGGACUUCAUUGAGGGAUAUUUUAAGCUGAACUACACUGAUUCUUUCAACGAGGAUCGCCGUACUCGCUAUGAUCCUUUUGUUCAACUGGGAAUUACGAAGACAGACUCGUCCAAUAUAAUCGACCAAGAAGUAAUGAACAAAAUAUAUUCUAUAGAUGGAAUUGUUAGAAAUUUUGACUUUCACGACGAAGAAGGCAAAUCGUACACCUACAAUGACAUCUGUGCUAAAGCCGGAGGAAAGUGCGUGAAGCCUCGCUUCCUGGAAUUAACCGACCGCAUACAUGAAGUUAAAACUCGGAAACUAAACUUAACAUUCCCAGUUAUGAUAAAUCCUACAACAUUCGACAAUUAUAUUUUUCCGUUUUUCUUAGCCGGUGUUAAACUCUACCCUGAAAAUUCCAUCAUGUCUGCCGAAGCCAUCAAACUUUCUUACUGGGGAAAUGCCGAGAGCCAAGAAAUGAAACACUUGAGUAUUUUAUGGGAAGAAAAGUUCCUUGCACACUUCUUGAAGGGCUUAGGAGAGCCGAGUUUGAACAUCGCAAUGUACCACUCAAGGACCGCCGAGCAAGAGAUAAGGAACAACACCCUGUCGGUCUUUCCUUACUUUACUGUAACAGUGUUUGUAAUAACUGUCUUUUGCCUGGCCUCUGUCACACUGGGCGACUGUGUCAGAAGCAAGACUUGGCUCGGCUUAGUGGCCAUUAUUAGUUCAGCAUUGGCUAGUCUGACGGCGUUUGGGAUCCUCAUGCAUUGCGGCGUUCCGAUGAUCGGCAUGAACAUGGCAGCGCCGUUUUUGAUGUUAGGUAUUGGCAUCGACGACGCCUUUGUGACGCUUUCGGCUUGGCACAGAACGCGUCCUCAGGAUUCGGUGCGGGAGCGCAUGGCUCAAACCUACGCAGAAUCCGCCGUUUCCAUCAGCAUCACUUCCAUCACCAACAUGAUUUCAUUCUUCGUAGGCACCUUCACGUAUUUCUCCUCCGUCAGAGUCUUCUGCCUCUAUCUGGGCAUUUCGGUGUUGAUGACGUACGUGUGGCACAUCACGCUCUUCGGCGCCUGCCUGGCGCUGUCCGGACGCGCUGAGAAGCAGCAGCUCCAUAACAUUACCUGCAAGCGAGUCAAGUCCAGCUCGGAGUCAGCUGGGGAGUCAGCAUUUUAUCGCCGAUUCUGCGCCGGUGGAGUGGCCGCGUCCGACCCUAGCAAUCCUGACGACAACCAACCACCAGCCGUCGUGAUCCUUUUCAGGGACUACGUCGCUCACUGCCUAAACUUGCCAGUAAUUAAAGGUGUAGUGGUGGUGGCGUUCGUAGCGUACUUGGCCGUGGCGGUGUACGGCUGCACUACCAUCAACGAUGGCAUGCAGCUGCGCAAGACGGCACGCUACGACUCCUACUCCAUUCCAUUCUACGACUUUUAUGCUAAAUACUUCAGCAGCUUCGCCUACCGCCCCAUGAUUGUCUUCACCGGCAACAUCACGUACAGCGAUCCAGCCAACGUGAGGCAGUUGCUCGAAUUCGUUGAAAAAGUGGAAUCCCAUAAGUUCAUCGGCGAUGAGUUUUACACGGAUUGUUGGUUGAGGCAGUGGACAAAAUACAUGGCCAGGAAUGGCAAGUACCAAGGAUUGAAUAACAGCGACGAGAAGACCUACAUCUAUAAUCUCCAAGAGUCCUUCUUAAGUGGCGACAUCAACCGCUACCGCGCUGACAUUGUCUUCAGCGAAGACAACAGUCGCAUCGUCGCCUCGCGCUGCCUCGUCCAGUCGGUUAACGUCAUGAAUGCCAUCAACGAUCGUCGUCUGAUGCAGGAUCUUCGUCAGUGGGCGGACGAGUCAAAAUUCAACGUCACUGUUUACCAUCCUAUGUUCAUCUAUUUUGAUCACCUCACAAUCGUCCGCUCUACCAUCCUUAAGGCCAUCGCGUAUGCUGCUUUGACAAUGGUUUUGAUAUGCGUCAUCUUCAUCCCGAACCCCAUCUCCUCCUUGUGUGUCGGGGUAGCCAUCGUGUCCAUCGAAACAGGAGUCAUAGGCUACAUGAGUCUCUGGGGAGUAAACUUCGACGUGGUAUCGAUGAUCCAACUGAUCAUGUGCAUAGGCUUCAGUGUUGACUUCACAGCCCACAUCAGUUAUUCGUAUCUUGCUGCUAAAGUUGAUACACCUGAGGAGCGAGUCCGGGAAUGCAUGACGUCAUUAGGAUUGCCCGUCAUGCAAGGCGCGCUCUCGACACUCAUCGGAAUCCUGCCGUUGAUGUUAAUCCCAUCUUAUAUGUUCACGACCUUCUUCAAAACGGUCUUCUUAGUUAUAUUCUUUGGAACGAUUCAUGGUAUUUUUCUCAUGCCAGUCUUUCUAUCUAUGUUCGAAAGCAUGUUACGCAAUGGAAAAGUAAAAGUUCGCGACGAAGAAGGAAAUCCCAACGUGAAUGAGUUUCGUGAAAUGUCUUCCAUUCGCAACAAGCAGCAGAAUCAGUCAGCUUUUGGGUAGCUCUCUAGGUCUAGCAUAAGAACUUGAGGGUAGGAAAUUCCUCCAUUUAAUAUACUAAUCCAAAAAUUUGAUAGAUUCAUUAAUAUCCGUGUUAAUUCUGAGCCGCGAGACCUCGGACUUUGCCUUAUUGCUAUGGGACCCACAACCAGGUUUGACCUUACUCCGCAGAAAAAUAAAAUACCAGUCUGAAUUUUUCUAUGUUUAUUCAGCUAUUCAUUUGCAACCAAUGGCGAGUUACAAAAAAAUUCAGCAUGCAUUAAAACAUAUACUGAAGUAACUUUGCGCGCAUAAAUAUGCUCAACAUAUUGCCAAAAAAGUUAAAAGAACCCGAAAACCUUUUUGUACGCUAGCUCUAAGUG